CGGGGCACCUUCCUAAUCAGCAAGACAAUGGACGAGCUGUCAUGAGCAAGUAGAGGAGCCAUGUGAGAUAGCCAACACUUCGCGGGCGAGAUGCCUCUGACGAUGCCCAGAAUACGACUCGCUGUGCAAUCGAUCCAUCCACCAGCGACACGUUCCACCGUACACAACAUCCCCCGAGCUUGGACAUCUCCUGUUCAUCGAAGAAACAUGGCAGCCGUCAUUACACAACAAGGAGUCGAGGAGGCAGCGCAGCAGCUGAGCAAUGGUCAGGCCAAAGUCGACAAUUGGUCCGCCCCUGGAGCUGCCGCCUUUGACUUCCGCUCAGAUGUCAUGACCCGACCGACGACUCGCAUGCUCGAGGCCAUCGCCGCCACGACUUUGCAAGACGAUGUCUUCAUGGAAGACACGACGUCAAACGACCUGGAAGCCUUUAUCGCCGACCUGACAGCCAAGGAGGCCGCCCUGUUCGUCUUGUCAGGGACCAUGGGCAACCAAGUCGCCUUGCGCACCCACCUCCUAGCCCCACCCCAUGCCGUCCUGACCGAUCAUCGUUCCCACAUUGUUCAGUGGGAGGCUGGCGGUGUUGCCAGUAUGUGCGGUGCCAUGAUCCAGGCUGUUGUGCCCGCCAACAACAAGUACUUGACCCUGGAAGACAUCAAGAAGUAUGCUGUAAUCAGCAACGACAUUCACGCUUGUCCUACAAAACUCCUCAGUCUGGAAAAUACCCUCAAUGGCAUCGUGACUCCUCUCGAAGACUUUCAGCGUAUCAGUGCUUGGGCCAAGGAGAAUAACAUUCUCAUGCACCUUGAUGGUGCUCGGCUUUGGGAAGCUGUGGCCUCGGGUGCUGGCUCCCUCAAAGACUACUGUGCCUGCUUUGACUCCAUCUCGCUCUGCUUUAGCAAAGGUCUAGGUGCGCCUAUUGGUAGCAUAAUCGUCGGGACAAAGCAGUUCCGGGAAAGAGCUCGUUGGAUCAGAAAGAGCAUUGGUGGUGGCUUGCGUCAAGCAGGUGUUGUUACCGCUGCUGCUCGCGUUGCUGUCGAAGACACAUAUCUUGGAGGCAGAUUAGCCGCAAGUCACGAUAGAGCACGCUCGAUAGCUUCCAUGUGGGAAAAACUAGGCGGCAAGACCUCAAAUCCUGUCGAGACCAACAUGUGUUGGUUGGAUCUUGACGCUGCUGGCAUAAGCGUCACAGACUUCAUCGCAGCUGGUGAAAAGGUUGGUCUGAGAUUGGGAGGUGGGCGACUUGUCGUACAUUACCAGAUCAGCGAGGAAGCCGUGUCGCGUCUAAAGACCCUCAUGGAAGCCGUGUUAAAGGGCAAGGGCAAAGAGCUUGAAGGGAGGGUCGAGUAUGACCCCAAGGAUCUCAACAUCAAAGUCGAAUAAAGUAUCUCUGCUGUACUAUAAACCACAAACCCCUAUCAAUUGAUCAUGACUACCACUUUUCCUCUGGCCCGUCCAGUAUUCAGCUUCGCAAACGCAUCCUUCGCCUGAUCGAAUUCCCACUUGCUAUCGAUGAUGAUCUUGCUGCGAUCAAGAUCUAGAGUCUCCUCCAACCAAUCCUUGCGAAAUGCCAGAUUGACGCAUUCAUAGCUCUGACCCAGACCUAGCUUACCGGCCAAAGUUCUCAUGGUCAUCUUGGGAUUCCAGAGGUAUGUCGCUGCCCCNCCCAU